AUGGCGGUCUCUAGGCAGUGUCCAAUACCAGAAAUUGACCAAGUAUUGUCUGCCUAUGUUCGCCCUACACAUGAAAUUACACGGAUACGGAAAGCACUAUCGGAUCAUCUGCUCUCGAAUAUCAAAUCUGAGAAAGCUGCCCUCCAUCAUGUGGACCUUGCAUGUCCGCAGGACGACUGUAGCGUAAACGCUCGGGCUGCCCUGCUCAAAGGGGCUCGAUUACGUUAUCUGCAAGCAGUUGAUGCGCAACGAAAAGCAGAAGCGCGGCAUCAAGAACUCAAGGCCUCGCUCGAUAGGCUUCGCAAGGAACAUAUUGAAGAUUCGCCCGUAGCCGAUGAGGCGGCAUUCGAUCGCGAGGCCACGGCAAGCUAUCUCUCUCUACUACGACAGCGGCGCCGUCUUGCGGAGCUCCAAGUCAUUCAGAACUCGCUAGAGAAGUUGGUCAAUAUUGUGCCUAUCCAGGGGAGUAAGGAUCUAAAGGCACUUGUCACAGAGAUCGUGGGUGAGCAACCAGAUAUUCCUGCGGAGCGUCUGGACCAGAUCACAAUCAAUCCAGACAAUGAAGUUUCCAUCUUCAAAUUGAAGAAAGAGGUCCUCGAAGCCAAAACCAGUAUGGACCAAGCAAAGUCAGCCAAAAGCUCAGCGAAGCCGCAAGAUUCUCAGAAUUCAAGCUUAGCACAACAGGUCUAUGCCCUUAGUUGCGCCAGAGAUCAGCUUGUGGAAUGGAUAGAAGGCGAACUGGGGAAGCUAAAUGAAGAGUCGGAUUUUCUUGAGGAUGCCUCGCCUGUCAAGCGCACGUCUGUUAUGCCUGAGCAAGUUGAUAUUCACGCUGCGAGAUCGCGCAUCGAGGACACCUAUAACGCCUAUACCGCAUCGCGCUCGCAUAUCAUUGUCACUCACGGGAAGUUGGACGCAAAAGACGCUACCCUCAACGGCAUACCUGUCUCGCACUCUGAAGCUGAUCGGUCGGGACCUUCGCCAGUUGGAACACCCGACCCCAGCGUUAUCGGUCUCACUUUCCCGUAUCUUCUUCCUAUCGCUCAAGCUGCCAGCAAUGAGCGAUCUCUACUGCAGCAGACCGUGUAUCUGCAAGGCCGACUAACAGCAGCAGAUCAGGAGUUGUCGGAAUCUCUCAUAAGACUGUCAGACGAAAGUCAUCUUGUGUCCUCUGGACCAUCAGUUCCCGCAGCGUGGGCAAAGGCUGCCAGCGACGCUCUCACGGCCACCAGGGAUUUUGUUGAAGAGCAGCUACUGGAAAGUCAGAGUGAUAUCGAAAAAGUUACCGCUAUUUUCCAUCUGUCAUCGCUCCAGCAUAAGGUCCUGGACUCCGUGUAA